AUGACCAUGAAGCGGCUUGCGACUGGCUUGUCUAAGCCUUGCAGCCAUGCGCGAAGCAUAACUCUCCUGGAGGAUGCUAGUAUUUCGAAUGGAAGGGGUUUCUGCAGACAACUAUGCGUAUCUUCAUGUAUACAACAGCAAGUACGGCAUGCCUCUAGCAAAAGUCCUCGUCCUCGGACGGCGUUAUUCUUCCCAGGCCAAGGAGUUCAGAAAGUCGGCAUGCUAACACCAUGGCUCGAAGCUUUCCCCUCAACAGCCAAACCCCUCGUCGAAGAAAUCGACCACCUCCUCGGCUACAAACUCUCCAAGAUAAUCGAGGAAGGACCCAACUCAACACUCACAGCAACGGAGAACGCCCAACCAGCCAUCAUGUCUUCCUCCAUUCUCAUUCUCCGUAUACUAGAGCAAGAGUUCGGCUUCAAGCCAUCGGAGAGGGUAGAUGUGACGCUGGGACAUUCGCUGGGCGAAUUUGCGGCCCUGGUUGCUGGUGGUUUUGUGUCAUUUGAGGAUAGUUUGUACCUGGUCCGGAAACGAGCUGAGGUUAUGGCGGAUUGUUCACGAAAGGCAUGUAAAGAGCACGGCGGCGAAUACGGCAUGGUAGCUCUUGUCACAGAACCAGACCACCUUCUUCCUCUUAUCGAAGCUAUCUACGAAUUUCUCGGACACCACAGUGCGGGUUCGAAAUCAGAAAGUGCAGAAGACGUCCCUCCGAUCCAACAAGUACUUAUUGCGAAUAUCAAUAGCAAGAAUCAGAUUGUGCUGAGUGGAAAUAUCGAGAGGAUCAGGACGCUGUUGACGCAUGUGCGGCAGUUUGGAGGACACGAUCCAAGAGCGGUGCGUUUGAAGAGCGAUAGUCCAUUUCAUAGCCCAUUGAUGAAACCUGCGGCGACGGCUAUGCAAAGGUUGCUGGAGGGGAAGAGUAGAGUAAAGGGCAAGGAGAAUGAGGAUAUCGUUACAUUCCCUGGGAUUAUGGAGUGCGUGAGCAACGUCAGCGCGAGGCCAUUUACCAGUAAGGAGGAUCUGAAGGACCUGUGGGCGAGACAGUGCGUGGAGACUGUGAGGUGGUGGGAUAGUAUCAAGUACCUUGACCAGGAGCAGAAUGUUAGGAGGUGGAUUGGUAUUGGUCCUGGCAAGGUGGGCAGAAAUUUAGUGGGGAAGGAGGUUGGUAUGAGAGGGAGGGAUACGGUGAAGGGAGGUGGUGUUUGGGGAAUAAGUGACCCGAAAGAGAUUGAGGAGGUUCUAAGAGCUCUGGAGGAGACUGAAGCUUCUAAUGGUGACGAAUGA